UUAUUCAUUCACGAUAUUAUUACAUGAUUAUAUAUUUGCGACGUAAAUACGACAUUGUUAGAACAUGACAGCUGUUAUCGGCUAAUUGGAAUCACAACUCGAUAUAGAUGCCAAAAUUUAUUUGAAGACUAUUUCGACGCAGUACAUGCUUCAGUAAAUGGCGUAACAUGAGGAUACGACUGACAUUCAAUCUUUGCACCAAACGCCGGAAACAUGCUGCGCGGAUGUGUAUACGAAUAGCUUUACGAGCGACGUCGAUUGAAACGUAUCGGAACAUUGAUGAAAUAAACGGCGUGAUAACGAGCUAUAUCGGCACCGCGUUAUAAAGCAUCAAGUCAAGAUGAAAAUAAUGCCAUAUUCAAGUCAAGUCAAUCACUAUCGUGGAUAUGGAAAUUCACAAAACUUUCGCGCAACAAUAUUUUCUUUAUUCGCAGCACGCGAAUCGUUAUAUCGAACAAGUGAUUUUGUCAAUAGUGAAAGGUUAAUUGAAACUGAUCGAAAUCGCUCAUUUUUUUAUUACUUUUUCGAGAGAAACGUGACUCGUAUGUCUCGAUAAAAAUAUAGCUAUGACUUGCAUCCGUCGUUCCGAUAUAUAAGUGACUCGUAUAUUGUCUUAUCGAAGAAAAGGUUUUAUUUUUACUGUCGAGAGGAACCUUCUCGCGAAUCGUUCCAGUCCCGACGUCAGCAUCCGCUACUCCUGGCUCUCAGCUCGUCUAUUUUCGUCGACACAUUUCUGUUGCACUCUCAAUCACAUGGUAAACGUUAACUAUAACCGGGCGUCAGUGGCGCAAAACUUGGAAGCGAUUUUCCAAUCUGCUUACGCCUCUUCCGCUGCCUUCUGUAUUUAUUACAGGAAGCUUCUCACGAGAGUGACAUUUUUCAAGCUUUUCCUCUAUCAAGUUUGUUAGAAUAGCAAUUUAUAUUAAGCGUCUACAAUGAUGUGGACGUACUUGGGUGUAUAACAAGAAUCGAGGCAAUCAAUUCUCGAUGCACACGGAUUCUUUUCUUUCUGCUUCCUGUUUCUUUAUUGAUAAAAUCGUUAAAAAUGUACUACUUGCAUCCGCUGUUAGUAUCUGAGAAGCUAUGCGCCCAAGCGAUUCUUUCAACAACUUUUUCCCGGGAGGUUUCAGUAAAAAAAAAGAAACAAUACUAAAAAUAAUUUAACGAAGCGAUAAAUAUUUCAUUCAUUUUUUUGGCAGCAAAAUGCGUACGCGGUAAUUAAUAUUUGAAAAAAAAAGUCGGGAAUUUGUUAUUAUACUUCGUUAAAAUUCGGAAUAUUAUUUUCAUGUUUGAAAAAUAUCCAUGAUAAAAAAAACACGCAAAUAUAUAAAGCAGAUAAAUGCAUACAAGUAUGAAAUGCACGGGGGAAUAUUAGCCACAUCGGCUCGUGUUCACGAAUUAACGAUUCGAUUACUGGAUUACUGUUACCAUUAGGUGCUGGAUCAAUGAGGGAAACUAUAUGAGCGUGCUGGUUUAUCCUGUAUGCGUUUCCACUAUGUUGAAUCUGCUUUUCCUGUUUAACAUCGUGCGAGUCCUCCUCAUGAAACUGCGCGCUGGCCCCGCCAUCGGAACGCGCCCUUCACGAGGCCUGCUGCAAGCUUUCAGGGCCACGUUACUUCUGGUACCUCUCUUAGGUCUGCACUAUUUGGUGAUCCCGUUUCGUCCGCCAAAGAAGCAUCCUUGGGAGCAUUUUUACGAAGUCCUUUCCGCGCUCACCGCUUCUUUUCAGGGUCUCUGUGUGGCUGUUCUUUUCUGCUUUUGCAACGGCGAGGUAAUAGCGCAAUUCAAGAGAAAGUGGGAUGGUAGAGCCCUUUUGCGAAAACGAGCCAACUCCUGCACCGCCACAACCGUCUCGGUCCGAUGGCGGGAGAGGAGAAGGUGUGAUUAUCAACCGACGGAGUCGGCGGUACCGAUGGACGACUGCAAGCGACUGUCGAGUGAGGCUCAACUGCUGCAGCAGCCGCACCAGACCGUGCAGGUGAUCGCCGCCAGCAAUCGGUCCGGCAAUCACAACAAUCACACGCGGGUGCUCAUCAAACGCGGCGGCGACGAUUCUUCCCACGACGAAUGCGACCAGACGCAGUGUUGAUGACGAUCAACGGGGAUGAUCGUGCGCGGGACCACGUACAAUUCUUUCUCCGAAUAGCUUCUUCGUAAAGCAGGCGAACGAGCCGGAAUCGGCGAGUGGCUACCUCGCCGAUUUUCAAUGCGCAGGAUAGCACGAUUCACGAUUGCCGUUCGGCGGAACAGUGAUGAGCGAGUCUAGUGAAGCAAACGAAUUAAAUACGGCAUAUUCUUUUUUAUAAUAUAAUCGCUAAAAUAUUUUGAUUUAUUUUUUUUUUUUGAAGUUAUAGUAACUUGAUGGCGCAUCGAAUAUCUUCAUAAAUAUUUUGAUUUUUCCAAAGGAAGACUUGUAUCACUGUUCCGCCUCAUCGCUCAGAUACCUGAAACUAAAGAAAUAUGCAGUCAGUACUUUAUGAUUUUGAAACAGAGGCCUAAGCUCCGAAUUUAAAAGAAUCAAAUUUUUAUUUUCUUAAAAAUAAAUGAAUCAAAUCGCGGAAAUUAGAUAAAUAUAAUAGAUUUGACACUUUUACUGUCGAUUACUAUAUAAUUGGGAAUCAUAUUUUAACGAAAUAUAUAAGGCCUAAAGUGAGAUUUCCUGCGCAAUAAAUUCUAAGAAAAACAAAUAAGCAGGAAAAUCUUUAUUUGCAAUUAAGCCCAACGAAGAGGAGCAAUUAUAUCACUGAUCAUUCGCGAUCGUCGUUUUUAUAUUUUCGAAGGUGGGAAAGAAUUUCGUGUUACCCGCUCGUAUGCAAUAUUUAAAAGCGAAUUAAUUAGCGUUAAUGUUUCUUGCCAAGUGUCUUGUGCUAAGUAAUGCAAUUUCUUUGUACAUAUUUUGACAUCAUAUCAUGUCAAAGAUUUAUCGAUCAACUGUACGCUGAUAUUCAUUUUCGCGACGCAAUCGUAGGAAAUGAAAAAUCGUUAACCCUUUCAUUACAACGGCUAAAUUUUUUUCCCGUAAUAAUUUUUCAGAUACGAGCUCAGCAAUUCGCGUGUGUCAUAUUGUAAUUUUUUCGUCUGUACUCAUCACGUCAUACUUUAUUCUACAGCUUCAUUACUAUUAUAAGCUGGAUGUACAUAUCGUGCUUCUCGCGUCGAAGUUCUCCGUGGCGAAAGGGUUAAAACUGCAAUUAGAAUAAAUGUCGAUACUAGUCUUAACUAUAUUAUUAGAGUAGAGUAAAAUCAUGCAAAACUGUAAAAAUCGAGAAAUAGCUUUUCCAGAAUGGAUUUACGGCAUUUACACAAAGUUCAAACAGAAGAAUCUGCCUUUGCAAAAAUGUAUAAUGGAAUUCUUAGGAUUCUUUGAAUUUCGUUGACAGAGAACCUAAGAAUUUCAAACUCAGGUACCUGCGAUUAACGCUUGAGAUUAGAUACUCGGAAUCUUUGAAAUUCUUCACAAUAUAUUUUUUCGUGACGACGGCCAAAGAACUUCUUAUUUUACUCAUAUACGAUCAUAUAGCAGUCAUUUUGUUACGCAUGAAACUUAAUGUAAUGUGUUGUAAGCGGUUCUAUAAGAUAAAAUGUGAAUAUUAUGUAUAUACAGUGUGUAAUUUUAAUGGUCGCAAGAAAUCAAUGUCUCCGCGAGCGGAACAAGUUUCAAGAAAAUGUUUAAAGAUUUAAUAUAUUUUGCGAAAGAGAAUACACACAAAUAAAAUGAAGCUAACUUCAAUAAAGCAGUCUUAAUUUAACUGAUUA